AUGAGCAACCUCACCCUCAGCUCUCUCGCCGAGCGUAUCAAUCGCUACUACACUCGGCUCACCUCCACCAAAGCCGGAACCGCAGCUCUUGCCCUCUUCGCCCUCUAUGCCGUGCGCAAGUAUUUCCAACGUCGCAAGAGCAUCGCAGCUCGCAAAGCCUGGUCCAACCCGACUCGCGAAGUCGCAGUGAUCACCGGUGGUUCCGGUGGUAUCGGUAUCCAAGUCGCAAAGUUCCUCGCUGCAAAAGGUGUCCAGGUUGCAAUCCUCGACAUUGUCGAACCCAAAGCCGCUAUCCUCUCCAACACCGUUCGCUUCUACAAGACCGAUAUCACCGACUACGACAGCAUCCUCCAAGCCUCCAAGGCCAUUGAGAAGGAUCUCGGCACCGUCAGCAUUCUUAUCAACAACGCUGGUGUCGCAAACCCUGGCCCAAGCGUCUUUGAGUUUGACCCAAAAAAGACCAAACUCACCAUCGAGGUCAAUCUGCUUUCUCACUUUUAUACUCUCAGCAUCUUUGGACCCAUUUUCCUAAACGCGGGCCGCGGCCACAUUUUGUCUGUGGCUAGUGCAGGUUCUUUCCUCAUGCCCGCCGGUGGCGCCGAUUAUGGUGCAACCAAAGCUGGUCUCCUGGCACUUCAUGAGACGCUUCAGAUCGAGCUCGAGGUCCUCUAUCAACGCAAAGGCAUCCUAUGCAGUAUCGCGCAUCCUUUUUGGUGCCGCUCUCCCUUAACAGAGCGUAUCUUUACCCCCGAGUUCCAUCAGAAGAUGAUAGAUCCGGCUUUGGUGGGACAAAAGAUAGCUGAUCAGGUGCUUGGCGGACAAGGGGGAAGUGUUUACGUUCCAGGCUGGAUAGGAAACAUGCCUUGGAUCCGAGUUCUUCCGCACAGUCUCCAACACAAGAUCCGAGUCAAGGCAACUUUGGAUCUUCAGAGGAGCAAGCGAGAGGAUCGUGCCGGUGCUUUGCUUUCGUGA